AUGGUAAUGAUGUCAGGCGCGGCAAGUCCUCGACGACUUCGUCUUCCAGAGUCUGACGGGGAACCUCACCAUCCGGACGAUGGCCACGUCCCGAGGGCAGCUGGCACUGAACACAUUGUGCCGCAAUGUGAUCCAAAGCGCCGCAGAGGCGAAGCUACUUCUGGCUUAUUAUAUGAAAAAUGUCUUGUUAUUUUUCAUGCAUGUCUUCAUCAGGAUGAAAACUUAACUCGGCUACGAGAAGAAGAAGAACGGAGGAAGGAAGUAUCAGCUAAAUUUAACACCACUCUGUCAGAAAUAUCAAAUUUAAUGAAGGAAAAUGCUGAUAAAAACACUCAACUGAGAGAUGAGAACCAAGACAUGGCCGGCAGAUUGCAAGACUUAAUCAAACAAUACGAAGAGAGAGAAGCGCAUGUUGAUAAAAUGCUGAAGCAGAAGGAUCUUCAGUGUCAGCUGCUGGAGGCAAGGAUGGCUAAACAACAAAUUGAAGUGACUGAAGACAAAGAAAAGAUGCUUAUAGAGAAGAAAUGUCUAUUAGAGGAGGUGGCUUCUUAUCAGCAUAAAAUACAACAAAUGUCUAUGAGUGAGAUCAGUCUGCGUACACAACUAAACUCAUAUAUGGAGAAGUAUGAAGAUUUCCAGAAUACUUUAGAUAAAUCAAACAAGAUUUUCAACACUUUUAAGAAAGAAAUGGAUGAGAUGACAAAGAAAAUAAAGAAGCUUGAGAAGGAGACAAAGACAUGGAAGGAACGUUGGGAAGGUGCUAACAAAGCUCUCUUGAACAUGGUUGGAGAGCGAGCGGAGCUGGAGAAGCAGCUUGAUACACAAACCAAACAAAAUGUUCAGUUGCAGAACCUGUGCAGGGCACUUCAACAACAACUGACUGAACUCAGGAACAAGGAAAAAGCAUCUCAAACAUCAGAAGAGGCAAACAGUAGAGAAACACAGCAGAGUACAGAGGAUGGGAACAAGGAAGAUGAUAAAGUGACUUCAGAGUUAGUAAGAACAGAAUCAGCAGUAGUUGAGGAUAUUAGUUCUAGUAUCACUGUUAAUCAGAUCUCAACUGAGGAAGAAGCUAGUGCAGACUUUAUAUCAGCAACAGAAGAGACUCCAACAGAAGCUAUGGAGGAAGAGAUUUCUGUUAAGGCUGUGGAAGAGGAGGAUGAACCAUUAGUGUCUACCAUAGAUGAGGUUGAUUGAUCUCGUUCAGUGUCUGCUUAAAACUAAACUAUGUGUAAUACUUAAAAGUCUGUUUAAUUUUGGACUUGACUGUAUUAUUACCACUUCUAAAAUUUAUUAGCACCAUUCAAAAUUUCUUGGGUUUAUAAAAGUAUAUACAGUUUAUAUAAUUAUUCCGGGUUUGAAAAUCACUUAUUUUACUGAUAUGUUCAUUUGCACUUUUAUUCAGGAUAUAUUUAUUAUUCUCUCACUGACCAGUGAGAUCUUAGAAUUAUUAUAAAAAUAUGUACUUGCUAAGCCACAAGCACUAUUUCACAUGUGUAAGACAUUUUUUGAUUACAUAUUCAUUUUUUAACAUAAUAGAGUGAAAAGAUGAGCUGUGGUUAAUGUUUUUGCUAGUCAUAAAAUCUUCAAAAGUUACAUUUUGAUUAUUUUGACAAAUGAUUUAUCUUUGUUCCUAAAUAUCUCAUUUGAAUGAUCUUGUGUAUUGGUGAUACUCUAGUGCAUUUUGCAUUAAGUGAUGUCUCUUGCAGCUGAGAAUUUCUUCUCUCCAUUCGUAGUUUUCAUUUUACUGUCAAAUUUGUUCGCCAGGCAUUAACUUUAAUAAUACAUCGUGUUCAUUGUGUUCAACUAAUUUUUUUCUACUUUUGUUAUUAACAUUUUUGAUCAAGUCAGGCUUGCAAGUGUAGAAUCAAAUUUGUGUACAUAAUAAAGCAGGAACUGCUAUAACACUUGUCUUGUACAUUAUCUUCUCUAUUAGUUUUACGUACACUCAUAUGCCCCAUUUGUUUGUCUUUGGUUAAGAAAAACAUUUCCAUUGGUGACAAUGUUAUUUCCCUCAUACAGUUGUUAUUGGCAUUACGUUACAGUCUGUUAAAAUUCUCAUUUGCAGAAAUUAUUAAUUGGUAUUUGAAGUUGAAAUUUUAGAUAUUCCUUGGUAUGCUUUAAUUAAAUUUUGUUCUCAUGUUUUGACUAAAUCUCUCUCACUGGCACAGUAAAUGUGAGCCAGAAUUGAAAAGGGAAAUACGUAUACACUUAAAUUUAUUCAAUUAUAUUAGCAUAUCAAUUAAAUUACAGUGGACCCCCGCCUUUCGGCGGCCGUGACUUUCGUGAAAUCCGACUUUUGGCAACUUUUUCAGCAAAAUAUAGCCUCGUGGUUCAUGAUUGGCCUUGUGUCUCACGUCUGUCUACAUGUCGAAGUAGCAUCCUAGCACCAGCACGCACACAAAGCCAGUCUCCCGCACCAUUCACACUUAGUGUGCCAUUGUUUAUCAGCGAGUGACCAUCACCCCACGGGUUCAUAGGAUACAUUUUAUAAUAAUCCAUUGUUUUUUGUGUUUGCAACUUCUAAAUAAGCCACCAUGGGCCCAAAGAAAGCUCCUGGUGCCAGGCCUUUGGUAAAGAAGGAAAGAAACACUAUAGAAAUUCAAGAAAAAACUCGUACCAUAGCACCAAAGUAGAGGAGAAAGAGAGAGGGGUGAAUGUGCCUUCUUCAGUGAUUCAGUGAUUCUCUAUUAUGUACGACACUAAAGCAGCAGGUAUCGAUAAAGGCCAUAGCGCCAGCUAGCGAUAAAGUGUAGCAUUAACAGUGUAGCAAGUAAGUUAAGCAAUUAAGUGAUAGAAAAAUGACAUGAAAGUAACUCUCCAAUGUUGUGGAGGUGUAUAGGGCCACUGAACAUAUGCCACCCUGCUAUCUUCCACCCUAAACCUCUGCCAGCAUCUCCUCCAUCAAACUGAUUAAACUAACAUCUCCUCCAAGGUAAGUGUAAAUAUUUCUUAUUUAUAAAUUACAUACAUUGUUUCAGUGUGAAUAGUGUUGGUCGCUUCUGCUGCUGCCUCCACUACCACUAAUAUGUACGGCUUCUCUCAGUGGCCCUUAUAAACCCAACAACACCACCACCAACACUCACUCCUUACAUAUGUUAUGACAUAUUUUAUUCCUUCUAGAGUAUAUAUUAUGUUUCUAUGUUAUUAUUAUUGUUUAUUAUGUCAUAUUAGAUGAAUUGUGAUAGAUAAAUAAGCCAUAGAAAUGAUAUUAGUGUCAUAUUGAAGCAUAAUAACUCGCCUCUCUCUCGCCUCCUACCUGUCUGCCAUACACCAACAAGAGUCUUCAAUACUGGUAAAUGUGAUGUUAAAUGUUCAUUUAUCCAUUUUAAUAGUGCUUUAUAUUCAUUUGUCAUUGUUUUCUGUAUGUAAAUCUAUAUUUAAUCUUCAAAAAAUAUUUUUUGUUAAUACUUUUGGGUAUCUGAAACGGAUUAAUUGGAUUUCCAUUAUUUCUUGUGUGGAAAAUGGUUUCGCCAAUCAUGAAUUUCGCCAUUCAGCAGACUCUCUGGAACGGAUUAAUCACGAAACUUGGGGGGUCCACUGUACUUUAUACACAAGGUAAUAUUCUAAAUUAGCCUAAGGAUUAGGUAGGGCUUUCCCAGUUAAAAUGUAGCUGGAAAUUUGUACCCAGGGCAAGGUUACUCCAUCAUGUGUUAUACCUGGGGUAUUGUCACUCAGUAUUAUACCUCCAGAGGACAUGGUCAGUUCAUUAAAUGUUAUACUUGAGGCAGGGCGGCCUUGAACUUAAGAGAGGAUGUGUUCUUCAGUAUUGCAAAAUAUUGUUUACUGAUAUUUUAACCAAAGAAUGAAACUUAUGUCUUGAAUUAUUUGUAUCCAUUAAUCAUUUAUGCAACACAGAUUUUGUUGGACAAAACAAGAAUCUUUACUUAUACAUCAGUUAGCUUUAGUAGUCCUGAUUAUUAUUAUUAUUAUUCUUAAUGGUAUAAUGAAUAUUAAAAAAAUUAAUGUGACUUUUUUUUUUAAGUUUUCAUUUUAGCCUUGCCUGAAAUAUUGCAUAUUAUAGGCAUUGGAAGAUGUAAGUACUGUAAUGUUCCCAAUUUUACAUCCAAUAAUGUAAAUUUUUGAAAAUAAAUAUGUAUUGUUUAUUAUUUGUUUCAAUAAGAAAGUUCAGAUAGAUGAACCAUUAGUUCAGUUCUUCACCAGUAAAGACUUCAAUAUUGGGAACACUUCUUGCAUUUAGCCAAUUCAAGUAACCGCAAGCAACUUAGUCACAGUGUUUUUCUUUCACUACUCUGCUCUAUUUCAGUAAAUCCUAUUUUAACCCCUUAACUGUCCAAACAUAGAUCUACGUUCUAUUGCCCAGCUCUCCAAAUAUUUUGAUUUUUUUUUUGUAAAUAAAGAGGACUUUUUUUUACAUAAUGUUAAAAAAAAUUUUGAGCCGGUAUUUACAGAGAUAUAAGGCCGCAGAGUUGGCGCUUGUCAAUCACCUGAUGGCAAUGUGAAGUGCUGCCGCUUGCAGACAUGUUGCAAAUACAUUUUUUUUUUUCUUCAUUUUCUGUUUUCAUGGUAUGACACAAAUAUUAUAUACAUAAUUAUUAAUCAUAUUGUCACAAACACACAUGUACACACUUAUUGGUAAUAUUGUACACUUGGCUGAAUCACAUUCUAUUAUCCACAACUAUAUAUAAGUAUUUACAUGUCCCAGUUAUGUUUCUAGUACUCCAGGAUUGUAUGAUACUCCAUGAAGCAUGGAUUCAUACAGAGUGCCACCCCACACUGCUGACACAUGAAUUGUGUGUCCUUCCUUUGUUGCAGUCGCCUUGUGGUGUUAGCACACACAACACACUUUUUCUGAGAAUAAGUAUUUCUUUUUUGGGGUAGAUGGUAUAGGUAUCAGGUAGUGACAGUUAGUGAGGAUUCGGUCUGGCACUUUCCCCACUGGUUGUGGUUGGGGGACAGGUUGCUGUUGAGCAGGCACAGGUGUGGUACCAUACUUUUCUUCUGUCUGCUUGAUGACAUUCAAGAUGAAUUCUGCAUAAUGAAGUCGUUUUCCAGUCUUUAUUUCAUACAUAUUGAAGGCAUUGAGCAUUGCAAUGUCUACAAGGUGGAAAAACACUUACGUGUACCACUUGUGACUCCUAUGCACACAAUCAAUGAACCCUAUCAUCAUAUCACAUUUGUCGACUAGUCCCAUAUUGUUUGUAGUAUAGUUGAUGACAGCAGCUAGCUUUACAAUGAGUUCAUUGGUGUCCCUCUUCACUUUGUCUGUACCACCUCAUUUCUGUGGAUGGUUGACAGCACUGUCACGUCCUGUUUGCCAUGCCACAUCGGUGCCAUGAUGUCAUUGGCAUGAAACGCUUGCACUGCAGCUUCAGCACUGCCUCCACUGAACCUUGGCAUAUGUUUUCUAUUUCUUCUCACUGUUCCACAUUUAUCAGUUUUGUUCACACGUAGGAAAUCAGCAAGCAUAGGGCUUGUAUACCAGUUGUCUGUGAACAAUGUAUGACCCUUGGCAAGGUAUGGUUCCAUCUUGUGAACAACAUCACCGGCAAUGCCCAACAUCCACCUGUCAUCAUCGAGUGUGUUUCUACCAGUGUAGACAAUGAUAUCCAACACAACAACACUCUCAGUCACACAUAACAAACAGUUUUAUACCAAAGCGAUUACGUUUGCUCGGUAUAUAUUGUUUAAGUGACAGUCAUCCCUUGAACAGAAUAAAGAACUCGUCGACAACACUGUUCUUGAAUGGAUAAAAGUAGGCACUGAAUUUCUGCUUCAAAUACAUAAAUACUUCUCAGAUUUUGUAUAGAAGGUCAUUUCUGUUGGGCCUAUUCCUGUCUGAGAAGUGCAACAUUCGUAGCAACAGAGUGAAUCUGUUGUGGGGAAGGAGGUCUCAGAAGACAGGAGUACUGAUGAAGUAGUCUGUGGACCAGUACUGUGCUAUAUUGUGCUUAUAUGUAUGAAGCAUAAGCAUGACAGUGCCAAGGUAUAAAUACAUUUUGGCCACAGUUGCAUCUUUCUAUCUGUGCAGUUGUGACGAUUCUGCAACAUCUGUGUUGUCCAUUAUAUAGUGGUAGUAAUUGUUUGUCUGGGUGACAAUCAAGUUCAUUAUCAGUCCAUCAAAGUAUAAUUGGAAAAAGUCUAACUCUGUAGACUUGUUCGUGAUGGGACAUUCUAGGAGGAUGCCACUUUCACUGGCAUCAAAAUCAAAAGGAUGUGGCACGAAUGUUGUCCUUUGUGUUCAGUUCCAUUCACAGUCAUAUGGUGCAGGGUGGACCUGUGGAAUGGGGAGUGGGGGAGCAUGAGGAGGGAUGGGAUUGGAGGCAGCACAUGUUUGAAGGGGUGCCGGGCGGUCCUUUGUCUGCCCACCCACCGCGUCAUGUGGCCGAGGCACCAUGCCACCCGCCACCACCACCUCCUUUUCCUCCAUCCCUGUAUAUUCUCCUUCUUGAUCACUAUCACUAUCAGUGGCUGGGGUUUUUGAUCGUGACCUUCCUUAACCCUUGGGAACUACACAUGGCACCCUGUCUGAGCGUAGACACUGCCACCUAAAAGUAUGCUUCACUGGGGAAUAAUGUAUAGCACUGUCACUUGACGAAUUAUCUAUGGGCAUAAAAUAUAUCUCGUCAUCACUUGUAUCAUUUUCACUUUCCCGUAGUAGCCUCUGAGUUGUAACACUGGCCACCCCAGAGGUGCUCAGCCAAUGGUCUGGGAUGGCCAUGCUAGCCAGCCCAGAAGUGUUUGGCUGAGGGUUUGGUGUGGCCACACCAGAUUUGCUUGGCUGAGGGUCUGGCAUGGCCCCACUGGCCACCCCAGAGGUAAUGGGCUGAGGGUCAUCUGAGUUAUCGUUAAUAUUUUCACCAAUUACUUGAUCGUUAGUGGCCACAUCAGUCUCAAAUCCACUAAACUCACAUUCUAUAUCACUUUCCUUGAAUAAGAGAGUGUUAAUAUGAUAGGCAUGAGUGAAUCACGAGGGUUUGCCGUGAUGUUGACCCAAGAUGGAGCUGAAACUAACUGGUGCUACCAUGCAGUACCGCGGGGUCCCCGAUUUUUUUCAUACGGCACACACUGAGUGCGCAGACCCAUUCUUUCAUGUCUAGGCCACUCAGGCCUAUCGCACCAAAUUUGAAGACAGGAAAAAUAAAAUGUUGAUCUACCUUCUGAGUGCUAGCGGUAAGAACGUUUGGACAGUUAAGGGGUUAAGUAAGAAAAGUUUUUUUUUUUUUAAUUGUAUAGAGUUGUUACUAGUCAUUUGUGAGUUCUUAUCUGCAAUUAGUUAAUGGCUCCCUGGAUUAUUGACUCGGUGGCUGUGUCUCGCACCAAAUUUCAUGGUUACAGUAUGGCCUUACCAAAAAUCCCUCAUCUAACCAUAUUUAACCCAUUGUAAUUUGAUAAAUUAGUACUCAGCUUAUUUAUUUUUAUAGUUUAUGUAGAGAUUCAGUAUAGAUGAGUGCAGUAUAUAUGUCUUCACCACUGGGUACAACAGUAUUGAAAUAAAAGAAGAUGAGGAAUAUUUUAUGCAAAAUUUCAGCUCAUGAACAAAUAAUAAAGUUUUAUCACAAACUAAAGCUUUACCUUUCACACCAACCUCAAGGUCUGUUAAAAGCACAAGUUUAAAUUCUAUUUUCUGUAAUCUUGUAUUAUUUAGUCACACAUGGUCUUCUUUCUUCUUUCAACAAACCAGCCAUAUCCCACUAAGGCAGGGUGGCCCAAAAAAAGAAAAGCAAAAGUCUCUCUUUUUUUAACUUUAGUAAUAUAUACAGGAGAAGGGGUUACUACCCUCUUGCUCCUGGCACAUUAGUCUCCUCUUACGACACACAUGGCUUACGGAGGAAGAAUUUCACACAUAGGUGAUACCAUGUAAAAUAGUUAUGUGCCUUCAAAGUCUUGGUAAUUCCAUGCAGUUGUCUUUUGUCGUUUAUAGUGUAUUCAACUAUCCACAACUCUGUUGGCAUGUUUGAGAAGUGAAUCUUAUUACUGCACUGCAGUUAUGUAGGGGUAAUGCUAGGGAUAUCUCAGACAUAUUUACACUGCACACAAUUGAAGCACCAUAGGGAUAUUGUACUGAACUGCCUGUAGCACCAGAGGGAUAUUGUACUGAACUGCCUGUAGCACCAGAGGGAUAUUGUACUGAACUGCCUGAAGCACCAGAGGGAUAUUGUACUGAACUGCCUGUAGCACCAGAGGGAUAUUGUACUGAACUGCCUGUAGCACCAGAGGGAUAUUGUACUGAACUGCCUGAAGCACCAGAGGGAUAUUGUACUGAACUGCCUGAAGCACCAGAGGGAUAUUGUACUGAACUGCCUGUAGCACCAGAGGGAUAUUGUACUGAACUGCCUGAAUCACCAGAGGUAUAUAGUACUGAACUGCCUGAAGUGCCGGAAAGUUUACUAGACUAUCAGUCAAUUGUAUUGGGCUAACACUCCUAUGGUCUGUUUUCGUGUAGAGGAGAGGAUUAAACAGGUCUAUUCUCUACUGCCCUUAUCCAGUUAGCAAUCACUACACAAAGCACAUAGGUGCUGUGUGUUUUGUGUAUCAAGUCCCAGAGAAAUAUCACUUUCACAAACAAGCUUAUGAUUAAAGUCAUGCAAGGAAAAAAUCCAAAGAUUGAGUAAAGAGUUUUUGUCUGAUUUAACCCUUUGACUGUCGCGGCCGUAUAUAUACGUUUUACGAGGUGCCGUGUUUGACGUAUAUAUACUCAUAAAUUCUAGCGGCUUCAAAUCAAGCAGGAGAAAGCUGGUAGGCCCACAUGUGAGAGAAUGGGUCUGUGUGGUCAGUGUGCACCAUAUAAAAAAAAUCCUGGAGCACGCAGUGCAUAAUGAGAAAAAAAAACUCCGACCGUUUUUUUUAAUUAAAAUGCCGACUUUGUGGUCUAUUUUCGUAUAGUAUUUAUGGUUGUAUUCUCGUUUUCUUGGUCUCAUUUGAUAGAAUGGAAAACAUAUUACAGAAAUAGAGGUGAUUUUGAUUGUUUUUACUAUAAAAAGAACCUAGAAAUGGAGCUCAAAGUAGGGGAAAUGUUUGAUUUUUGCCAAUGUUCAAAAGUAAACAAAUGAUGCCAUUGUCCAAUAAAUGUCCAACUAGCCAUUCUAAUAUGCAGUCAUGAAUGGGUUGAUGUUAUUUAUACAGUUAUUACAGCAUUGUAGUAGUCUGCAUAAUAGUAAGUCUAAUAUUUUUUGUUUGAAUAAAAAUUCAAAAUAGAAAGCAAGAGUAAUAUCAGAAGGGCCUGGAGACGUGACUGAUGAACAAAGAAAAUGUUAUUUUAGAGCCAGGAAUGUCUGCAUUGUUCAUUCUGGACCUUAUUUUGAAAUUGUCAUAUUUUUAGUUUUCGUGAAAUUGGCCAAAUUGCAAAUUUCUGACCACAUUAUUAGGUAGUUGAAAUCAGUAAAUGGGCAGUUUCUUGUAUUCAAUCGAUAGAAAAAAUGAAGUUCUAAAGAAAUAGCUAUGAGUUUGGGCGAUUGGAACAAUGGAAUUAGCCGAAAAUAGGGCUCAAAGUGGGCGAAAUCGCCGAUUUGUAAACAGCGCCGAGGUCGCUAACUUCGCGAGAGCAUAAUUCCGUCAGUUUUCCAUCAAAUUUCGUUUUUUUGGUGUCAUUACAAUCGGGAAAAGAUUCUCUAUCAUUUCAUAAGAAAAAAUAAUUUUUUUUUUUUUUUUAAAUUUUGCGACACCAGGAGACACCUCAGGAUUGGGGGUUGCGACAGUCAAAGGGUUAAAUUAGGUUUGAUCUAGUUUCAAGUGGAUGCUUUCCUUCACCAGCUUGCAAAAACCUAAUUGUUUCAUAUACAGUAGACCAUUCAAUAACACACAAUUGAGCAACACUUGUUGUGCAUAAUCAUAUUGAAAUUUUGUAAUCCAGUUUUGAGUGGCCCUUCAUAAAUUUAGGGGAAAAAAUAGCAAAAGGCAGGGCAUGAAGGCUAAUAACCCAUAAUUUCCUGUGCCUUUAAUAAUCGUUUACUUACAUUAGGUAUAUAUAAAAUUUGAAUAUGUUAAUGGAUCUACUACUAUUUCCCCUUCUCAAAACUUGUGGGAGGUGCUAGGUCUGUCCUACAGUGAGUCCUGCACUGCAUAAUAUUUACACCACACAUUGCCCUUAGACAGGACAUCUCCACUGCCUCCAGCUGCCUCCUUGCUGCAGCAUUUACAACCUAAGCUUCACACCCAUAUAAGAGUGUUGGUACCACUAUACUUUGGUACAUUCCCUUCUUUGCCUCCAUGGAUAAUGUUUUUUGUCUCCACAGAUACCUCAAUGCACCACUCACCUUUUUCCUUCAUCAAUUCUAUAGUUCACCUCAUCCUUCAUAAACCCAUCCACUGACAAGUCGACUUCCAAAUAUCUGAAACCAUUCACUUCUUCUAUGCUCCCUCUCUCCAAUGUGAUAUCCAAUUUUUCUUUAUCUAAAUCAUUUGAUACCCUCAUCACCUUACUCGUAUCUAUAUUCACUUUCAAUUUUCCACCUUUACACACCCUCCUAAACUUGUUCACUAACCUUUGCAACUUUUCUUUAGAAUCACCCAAAAGCACAGUAUCAUCAGCAAAAAGUAACUUUGUCAACUCCAUUUUAAAUUAUAAAUAUAUAAAUCACUUGAAUUACAGAUUAACCCUUUCAGGGUCUGUGCUGUAGAUCUACGGCUUUACGUUCAGGGUCCAAACCGUAGAUCUACACCAUGAGCUCAGCUCACUCUGAUAAGCUGUGAGUGGUAAAUUUGGGCCUAGAUAUGAGAGAAUAAAUCUAUGUGGUAUGUGUGCACCACAUAAAACAAAUCCUGCAGCACACAGUGUAUAAUGAGAGAAAAAAAACUGAGACCGUGAUUUUCGAUUAAAACAGCGACUUUGAAGUGUUUUUUCAUAUGUUUUUUAUAGUUAUAUUUGCAAUUUCUUGGUCUCAUUUGAUAGAAUGGAAGACAUAUUACAGAAAUAGAGAUGAUUUUGAUUGGUUUUAGCACUGGAAAUGGCUUGAAACUGAGCUCAAAGUAGCAGAAAUGUUAAAUUUUUGUCGAUGUUCAAGAGUAAACAAACGACUUCACACGUCUAAUACACACCAGGUGGUGGGUCUGAUAUACAUUCACACAUGUGGUGAUGAUAUUAAUACAAUUAUUACAAUAUUGCAUAACAGUAAAUCUUCUAUUUUUUGGUUUGAAUAAAAAUUCAUUAUGUGAAUUAAAAAUCAAAAUGGAAUUCAUUUGUAAAGCCUCAAAACAUACCUAAUGAACAGAGGAAAUGUUAGUUUAGUGCCAGGAAUACCUACAUUGUUUAUUCUAGACCCUAUUUUGAAACUGGAAUAUUUUGAACUUUGUGUUAAAUUGGCCAAAUUACCAAUUUCCGAUCACUUAAUUUUGUAGUUGAAACAGUUGACUUGGUGAUUUCUUGUGCUCAGUCGAUAGAAUAGAAGUAACACUAGUGAAAUAGCUAAGAAUUUGAUCGACUCGAAUAAUGUAAUUGGCCUAAAAUGGGAGUCAAAGUCGGCAAAAUCGCCGAUUUGUAAAUAUCGCUGACACAUCAAAAUUUGCGAGAGCAUAAUUUCGUCAGUUUUCCAUCAAAUUUCAUACUUUUUGUUUUAUUACCUUCAAAAAAAGAUUCUCUACCAUUUCAUAAGAAAAAAUUACAAAUUUUCUUUUUUUUUGAAAAUUCUUGGACCCUGGUGUGCACUUAGAAAUUUGGCCUCUGGACCCUGAAAGGGUUAACUUAUAAGUGGAUUAAGCAGCCAUUUUGGGCCCCAUCAAAUGGGGGGCCUCCAAGUCAUUAACUAUUUGUUUCUUAACCAUAAGUUGUUUCCCUAUCUGUAAUGUUUGGUAGUGUUUGGUUGUGUGGGUUCUAUGCGCAUCCACAAAUAUUUAUUUGAAUAUUAUAUGAACUAUUUUGAUUCUGAAAUCAAAAUGCAAUUACAGCCUCUCCUUGCUUAACGAUGGAGUUCCGUUCCUAAGAUCAAGUUGUUAACCCUUGUACUGUUUCGGUCAAGCCACCGUGUUUGAUGUAUAUAUACUCAUAAAUUCUAGCGAAGAGAAUGGGUCUGUGUGGUCAGUGUGCACCAUAUAAAAAAAUCCUGCAGCAUGCAGUGCAUAAUGAGAAAAAAAAAACUACGACCGUUUUUUUUAAAUUAAAAUGCUGACUUCGUUGUCUAUUUUUGUAUAGUAUUUAUGGUUGUAUUCUCAUUUUCUUGGUCUCAUUUGAUAGAAUGGAAAACCUGUUAUAGAAAUAGAGGUGAUUUUGAUUGGUUUUACUAUGAAAAGAACCUUGAAAUGGAGCUCAAAGUAGGGGAAAUGUUUGAUUUUUGCCGAUGUUCAAAAGUAAACAAAUGUCAUUUUCCAAUAAAUGUCCAAGCAGCCAUUCUAAUAUGCAGUCAUGAAUGGGUUGACAUUAUUUAUACAAUUAUUACAAUAUUGCAGUAGUCUGCAUAACAGUAAAUCUUAUAUUUUUUGUUUGAAUAAAAAUUCAAAAUAGAAAGUAAGAAUAAUAUCAGAGGGGCCUGGAGACGUGGCUGAUGAACAAAGAAAAUGUUAUUUUAGAGCCAGGAAUGUCUGGAUUGUUCAUUCUGGACCCUAUUUUGAAAUUGUAAUAUUUUUUAUUUUUCGUGAAAUUGGCCAAAUUGCAAAUUUCUGACCGCGUUAUUGGCUAGUUGAAAUUGGUAAAUGAGCAGUUUCUUGUACUCAGUCGAUUAAAAAAAUGGAGUUCUAAAGAAAUAGCUGUGAGUUUGGUUGACUGGAACAAUGAAAUUAGCAGAAAAUAGGGUUCAAAGCAGGCGAAAUCGCCGAUUUGUAAAUAUUGCCGAGGUCACUAACUUUGCGAGAGCGUAAUUCCGUCGUCAGUCUCCCAUCAAAUUUCGUUCUUUUGGUGUCAUUACAAUCGGGAAAAGAUUCUCUAUCACUUCUUAAGAAAAAAAUGUUUUUUUUUUUUUUUGGAAAUUUUGCGACGCCAGGAGACACCUCAGGAUUUGGGAUUGCGACAGUCAAGGGGUUAAAAAAAUUUGUCACUAAGUGACGAGCAUACUAUAAUGAUAGUGAAUGUCAACCAUUUUUUAUAUUGUUUUAAUGUCACCUUUGCACCAUUAAUAACAUUUCUGGUAUAUUUUUAAGUGUUUAUACAAUAGUGUACUAUAUAUUGAAAUAAACAGAAUAGAGGAAAUCAGCUCUAAUAUACAUUAUUUGGGUAUGAAUACUGGUCAGAGAGCCUGUCGUGAGGAGAGGCUAUAUUUACAUUGUCAUAUUUUCUUGAACAUUUAUUUUGAAUAAUCACUUUAUCUGACAACUUGCUUACAGUGGGCCUGAGGCAGUCAUAUAGUACUGCCUCUAGUGUUAAAGUUUAAUUUCCACUUAUGAAAAGCUAACAGAGAAUGAUAGUAAAUUGUGAAAAAGUAACUAAAUGAGAUAUUGAAGGGAUGAUCUUGUGGCACUGCCAUGGUAACUGUUUGAAAUUUAUAUGAUUACUAUGGCAUGUACUGUGUCGUUCCUGUACACCACUGGUUAAAACUCAAGGAGUUGUAACCAUUAAUAACUGCAACAACAACUAAUUUUCCACAUCAUUUUAUUAAUGUACAGUAACACUGCAUUUUUCUUGAUUAUUUAUCAAAUGCUUUCAUAUUUAGUAUAUGUUUGGUAUAGGUGUGGUGAGUUACUAUUUGUUUGUUACACUUUGGUAGGAAAUGUGGAUUAUUAUAGCAGUUGGUAGUGGUUGCUACUCCUUGACACAUGCUGAUGGUGGUGGUGGUGGUGGUUGAUUCUUCUUGUCAUUCUAACACACACAUUGUACAGGACUAUAUUAACCUUCGUCAUGCGUUUCCACAUCAUUAAGAAACAACCACUGCAGCUUAAAGAAUGGAGAACUAUUAGUUUGGUGAAUUACAGAACCUUAAAAAUACUUGCUUGACUUUUCUGGAGGCCUCAAGACUAAAACUAUUUUUUCUAUUUGUUCUUGAGUUCACUUAACAUGAUUUUGAGUAACACACAUUGUAAGGAAAAUAACUAUCAUGUUAUUUGAUGGUGAAAUGUAUAUCCUGCCACUAACUACAGAAAUAGUUCCCACAAUAAAAUAAUGUUAAUUAUCCACCAUUGUCAGGAAGUCUUCACUCUCUACCUACCAGUAUUAUGUUUUUUCUUUAAUUUUAGCUGCACUUUUCUUUGGAUCACAAUUGAUUGCCUCCCAGCUUCAGGAAUUGUAAUACCCCUGCAGGUUUAGUGCUUCUCAUGAUAUACUGGUAAUAUGUUUGUCUUAGCCAUAUCAAUUAUGCAGGCAUCUCUUAGUUCUCUUUUUUUUUCAAGUUUAUUUUAUCAAAAUAUUACACUACUAAUAUGUAAUAAUCAAGUCAUUACUUAAUUUAAAAAAAAUAAUUUAUGUAGUGGCCUAAGUGCAUGAUGAACAAUAGUUUUAAUUUAAUAAUAAUGGUAGUAAUAAUAGAAGUAGGUUGGUGGACAGCAACUGCCCAGGGAGGUACUACUGUCUUGCCAAGUGAGUGUAAAAUGGAAGCCUAUACAUGUAAUUGUUUUACAUGAUGGCAGGAUUGCUGGUGCCUUUUUUCUGUCUCAUAAACAUGCAAGAUUUCAGGUAAGUCUUGUUACUUCUACUUACACUUGGGUCACACUACACAUGCAUGUACAAGCAUAUAUAUACACACCCCCUCUGGGUUUUCUUCUAUUUUCUUAUUAGCCCUUGUUCUUGUUUAUUUCCGUAAGCCAUGCAUGUCAUAAGAGGCAACUAAAAUGCUGGGAGCAAGGGGCUAGUAACUCCUUCUCCUGUAUAUGUUACUAAAUGUAAAAAGAGAAACACUUGUUUUUCUUUUUGGGCCACCCUGACCCUGCCUCGGUGGGAUACAACCGGUACAUUGAAAGAAAGAAAGAAGCAGUAGUAUUAAUAAUAACAUGAAGAGAUUCAGGGAAAUCAGAUAGCCAGACUUGAAGAAGCGGCAAGGAUGCUGUAGUUUGGAGAGUCACCUGAACUGUGACAUCAGCGCACUUCUGGAAAGAUGGUGAUUGAAUGAUUGAUGGUAAAAGUGUUUUCCUCUUUGUCGGAUUACCCUUCCUUGGCUGGGGUAUUAAAAAUAAUUAUAAUAAUAAUAUUAAUAAUGAUAAUAUGUAUGUAAUUCUUUAUUAAUUUUCUAUUCAUUAUAAAUUAAAUAUGCUAGAAUUUCAUUAAUGGGUAAAUAUUUUACCAUGUUUUUCCACUGUUUCAUAACAUUUUCUGUUGCCUGUGCUCUCUUCUGUACUUAAAACCAGAUUACAGAGAUGUGUUGUUGUUAUUGUUAUGGUGAACUGAGCAGGUAUGGUACAGUGGAACCUCAGUACUCGCACUUAAUUUGUUCCAAAAGGCUGUUCGAGUGCCGAUCUCUUCGAGUACAGAACAAAUUUUUCCCAACCAAUUUUCUUUUUGGUUGGCUUUUAUCACUAAUCUUCAUAGGUCUCAUGGUGACUUAUUUAUACAAAUAAUAUAAAAAACUUAAAAAAUGUUAAGAAACACAAAAUAAUUUACAGCUAAGUUCUGGCUGAUUGUGUGUUUGGGCGAGUGCCGAACAAGCAGUCAACUACCAAGCAAUUUUUUUUUUUACCAAGCGAAGCAUUCGAAUACCAAAUUGUUCAAGUAGGGACCUGUUCAAGUACCAUGAUUCCACUGUAUACUGUUAUCUGUUAAUGUGAUGAUUCUGCAGUAUAAUUGAUAGUGUUCAUUGUCAUCUCUGUUCCUAGCAACACACCAUUAACUUCAAUUAUGUCUUUUUUGUUAAAACAUAACUUUAUGGAUCUUUAAUAAAUACUCUCUGUACAUUUGGAAUAUGUCAGCAUAGCAGUGAACUGCAUAAUGUAAUCUAGUAACUAUUUUCCUCUAAAUGAGGAUGAUUUACAGGAGAAUAAAUUUGUUAUAAAUAAUGCUGGUUAGUGAAUGUAUUGCAGGAUUGUGAUUCUUUGUCUUGAGUGUACAUUUCUUUGUUAAUAGCCAGCAUCACAAAUGAGAAAGCUCAGUUUGUGUGUGCACUUUGAAUAAUAUUAAUUAUUAUUCAAUAUUUGGAGUUAUGAAAAUAUUUUGUUAGCUCAGAAUAGUUUAACACUCAUCUUAGUUUUGAGCAUUGUUGCUCAUUUAACCCUUUCACUGUCAGUGCCAUAAUAUUACGGCUUGCAAGCCAGUGUUGGUACCCUAAUAUUAUGCCAAAAUUCUAGUGGCCUCCAAUCUUGCAGAAGAAAGCUGGUAGGCCUACAUAUGAGAGAAUGGGUCCGAGUGGACAGUGUGCGCAGUAUAAAAAAAAUCCUGCAGCAAGCAGUGCAUAAUGAGAAAAAAUAACUCCGACCAUGUUCUUCGUUUUAAACACUAACUUUGCAGUGUAUUUGCGUAUGGUAUUUAUGGUUGUAUUCUUGUUUUCUUGGUAUCAUUUGAAAGAAUGGGAGAUUUUUUUUUUUCAACAAGUCGGCCGUCUCCCACCAAGGCAGAGUGACCCAAAAAGAAAGAAAAUCCCAAAAAAGAAAGUACUUUCAUCAUCAUUCAACACUUUCACCUCACUCACACACAAUCAAUGUUUUUGCAGAGGUGCUCAGAAUACAACAGUUUAGAAGCAUAUACCUAUAAAGAUAUACAACAUAUCCCUCCAAACUGCCAAUAUCCCAAACGCCUCCUUUAAAAUGCAGGCAUUGUACUUCUCAUUUCUAGUACUCAAGUCCGGCUAUAUAAAAAUAACUGGUUUCCCUGAAUCCCUUCACUAAAUAUUACCCUGUUCACACUCCAACAGAAUGGAAGAUAUACUACAGAAAUAGAUUUGAUUUUGAAUGGUUUAUGGACUAAAAGUACAUUGAAAUUGAGUUCAAAUUAGCAGAAAUGUUCAAUUUUUGCAGAUAUUCAAGAGUAAACAAACACGUUAUGCAUCCAAUACUUGUCAACUGGUGGGUCUAAUAUGCUUUCACAAAUACACUGAUUUUAUUUGUACUAUUUUUACAACAAUGCAUUAAAUCUAUUUUUUGUGUGAAAAAAAAUUCAAAAUAGAAAGCAAGUGUAAUAUAAGAGGGGCCUGGAAACAUGACUAAUGAACAGAGAAAAUGUUAUUUUAGUGCUAGGAAUGUUUAUAUUGUUAAUUCUGGACCCUAUUUUGAAAUUGGCCUUACUUGAAUUGUGUAUGAAAUUGGCCAAAUAAUCAAUUUCUGAUCACUUUAUUGGGUAGUUGAAAUUGGUAAAUGGGUGGUUUCAUGUACUCAGUCAGUGGAACAAAUGGAGUUCUAGCAAAAUAGUUAUGAGUUUGGUCAACUGGAACAGUGGAAUUGGCCAAAAAUAGGGCUCAAAGUGGGCAAAAUCGCCAAUGCUUAAAUAUUGCUGAGACCGCUAACUUUGCAAGAGCGUACUCCCAUAAAUUUUCCAUCAAAUUUCAUACUUUUAGUGUUAUUACCAAUGGGAAAAGAUUCUCUAUCAUUUCAUAAGAAUUUUUUUUUUUUUUUUUUGAAAAUUCUUCAACCGUGAGAGCAAGUUUGUGAGGUGUGAUCUCCACAGUGAAAGGGUUAAUAUUAGUUGUCUUUUAAGGCAGCUUUUUUUUUUUUUAAAUAUUAGCUCAAUUUGGAGAUUGGCAGCUGUUGAUAAUGCAUUUAGUUUUAUCAUUUACUUUCUUAAUUAUCAGUUUGACUUUUAUUGUUAUUAAGCACAUGCAUAUUAUACAGGUGUGAGAAACGAAUGGUAUGAGAAUAUCUUUACAUAAUAUUGUUCAUUCAUAACUGUUUAUGGGAUGCAUUUUUAACUAUUUGCCUUUCACUCUUGUUCCCAUCCUCCAUGGUUCUGCCUUAUUAAUGUGAAUGUCCCUUUUCCAUAUAGGUUAUGACCCAUACAGGUUUAGUGCUUCCUUAAUAAUUAUAAUGAAAUUGUUCUGGCAUUAUGCACUUUAUGUGCAGUGUAUGUAUUUUAUAUAAAUUUAGUAAACUUGAUUGGUACACAAGUUGAGAAUGUUUCAUAGCCCUUUACUUUAUUCUGAAUACAGAUAAUGUUUGAAAUGACACUAGGAAAGUACUGUGCCUCAGAUGAAUCAGUACUCACCUUGUGCCAUGCUGAACAACACUUCUCCCAGCUUGUGUGUAAGGGCUGUGAAGCAUGUACAGUUAAACCUGGAUUUGUUUUAAGACUAUUAAAAAGUGCACCCAAAAAGUCAGUGCACAAAUACAAUGGCCCUUAAGCUAGGUAAAAUUGAAAAAAAAAAAUAAAGCAUGAAAUGUGUGUAGUUCCCUUCGUAGAUUUUGUAAAUCUGCGGCUGGGACAUGAGCAAUGCCAAUGCUAGCUCUUGGGCCAUAAGUGAUACCCUCUCCAGCCUCCCAUAGCAUUAUUUUUACCUGAUACUGAGUUUUCCAUUAUUUAUAUAACUUAUCAAUAUGUAAUUUAUAUAAAACACCUGUAUAAAAAGUUUGAAGAAAAUAUAUAAUGCAUUAAUAAGA